CUUCAAUAAAAUUUGCUUCCUUACUAUGUGCGACAUUUAAAAUCUUACACCUUAGCUUUUCCCGCUUCCUAACAUUUGUCCCCGACGCUUGGUCCCUACUGACCUCCUUGUUCCUGUUUAUUCCUCGCAAAAAUUUGCCGCGCCAACCAAAUUGGCCGCAUUCCAUUGGCCAACACCAAUAUCAGACUCAAGGCAUCUAUAGCCACAGCCUUCCAGACCUGCGGUCGCUGCGCGUGUCCCCCGACGAAUAUCAAGGCAAUCAAACCCAAUUUCAAUCCCAAUGCCAAUGCCACAUUCUGCCGCACCACCCCUCUCAUGGCCUGGGACAUGCGCAUGGCCUCUGGGAGACGGCUCAAAUCGUCGGAAAGAAGGACCACAUCGGCCGCCUGCGUGGCCAGGACGGUGCCUUGUUGGCCCAUGGCGAUGCCCACGUCGGCCGCCCGCAGGCUUGGAGCAUCAUUGACCCCAUCGCCGAGCAUCCCCACCAGGCGCCGGGACCGGGGGGCCGGGUCCAACCGACGGGGGAGAAGGCGGCCAUGGUCGUGGCGAGGAAGAGAAGACGAAGGGGGCUUUCUUGGUGGCCCCUUACGGUGGGAAUGGUGGGAGUGGGGAC